AUGAGCAAAAGAAUACUGGAAGAGGGUGUCAGAAAACAAGAGAAAAAGAUCAGCCAUGAGAUGAUGCGUGCUAUGUUGAGUAGAGGUAAUGUGGAUACUUACACAAAUCAGAAAAGAGGAUACCUCUUCGAACCAAAAUACUUUAGAAGGGGAAAUAGGAAUACUAGAAAGCUAUUUCCAAUGGAAGAAGUUAGCUUAGAAGAAACAAGGCUUUCACGAUUCCAUAUGAUAAGAAAAUUCUUAAAUGAUUAUGGCAAUGUACAGAGAAUUUCGGAAUUUAGAAUUAUUCUGAAUCCAAGCUCUGCAAAUCUUUGGAUGCGCGUCUCUAAGCUUACUCUGAAGAUAUUUCCAAACGUUAUUAACACUUUAAAACUAAGUCAUUGAGCUCUAAUCGAUUCGAGCCUUAGAAAGGUAUUCCAAGCAGGAAGACACAUCAGCUACAUAAUACUUUCAUCCUGCAGGAUAAGAUUUACCACCUUCACUCUUUCCUCUGGAAUCAACUACCAGACCAAGUUCAUCCAAUUUCUCAUGAAGGAUCUUGAGGAAGCUUCAUAUUGGGAGCAGAACAAAGACAAGCUCUGCUUGAUAUUCAAUUCAAUCUCAAAUACCAACUUGAAGCACUCGCUACAGAAGCUAUUCAUUGACAUUCCAAGCCUGAAGGAGCACUGCCAGCAUUGGCAGGAGAAGUACCAGCUGAAGAAGAUCAAGAUCGUCAAGCUUGAAUAACCAUAGGCAUCUAAUUCAAC